AUGUAUGUCAGGAUAGAAGGCACACGACUAGAGUUCAUUCGGAAGCAACAGUCACAAUUACGAGCUGAUCUCUACCUCAACAUAACCGACUUUGUCAAUAGAAGGCGUGGACUCCCGCACGCCCAUAUCCUCAUCACUUUAGACGAAGAAGAUCGUAUCCGCGAGGUGGAUGUUAUCGACAAGUAUGUGUCUGCAGAAAUACCUGAUAUUGAGCUACAUCCCUCUCUUCAUGACAAAGUUAAAAGCCAUAUGAUACACGGUCCAUGCGGCUCUCUAAACCCGAAUUCAGUUUGUAUGAGAGAUGGCCAGUGCAGCAAGAAGUUUUCAAAAGAAUUUUCCGAGUCAACGCAAGAGAACCACAAUGGGUACGCAACAUAUAGAAGACGUGAUACAGGCGUUACUGUUGAUGUUCGUGGUCAGAGUGUUGACAACCGCUUUGUUGUACCUUAUAACCCUUUUCUCCUGCAAAAGUUCAACUGCCAUAUCAACACUGAAGUCUGCAGCUCUGUAAGGUCAAUCAAAUAUGUGUAUAAAUAUAUAUACAAGGGUUACGAUUGCGCCAACGUACAGUUCAGUCGUGACGACCAAGCGCAGAUCGUAUAUGAUGAAAUUGACUCUUUCGUCAGUUGUCGUUAUGUGGGAUCUACAGAGGCCAUUUGGCGCAUUUUUGAAUACGAGAUGCAUCACCAAUCUCACAAAAUUGAACGUCUUGAUUGUCACUUACCGCAACAACAAACUGUAUACUUUCAAAACGGCAACGAAGCUGCCGCAGCAGCAAAUCCAAAGCAAACAAAACUAGAGGCAUUUUUCAGACUUAACCAACAAGAUUCUGAUGCUAACAAUUUACUCUACAUUGAAAUUCCGCAAAAUUACACAUGGGACUCUACCAGGAAAGAAUGGCGUAAACGGCAGCGUGGUGGACAAAAGGUCGUAACGCGCCUUUAUAAUGUGUCGCCAAAGAAUGUUGAACUUUUUAAUUUACGUCUCCUGCUACUACAUGUCAAAGGUGCGAAGGGUUUUGAAGAUAUUCUUACAGUUGAUGGCAUACUUCACGAAACAUUCUUGGCCGCCGCUAACGCAAGAGGUAUUGUGUGUAAUGACGACCAAUGGCAAGAUACUAUUGCCGAAGCGACAACAUCGCAGUCUCCUAGACAGUUGCGUCAACUUAUUGGAGUUAUUUGUGCUAUUAAUAUACCCGCAAAUUGCAACGCACUAUGGGAACAGUUCAAAGACCAUCUGUGUGAAGACUUACUUCGUGAUAUGUGCUCUCAAGCAGCGUAUAAUUUGGGCCUUCUUGAAAUUGAGGAUAUAUUGAUCGCUCACAACACAAGUUGUGCUGAGUUAGGGCUUCCAAUUCAGAACUGUCAGUCAACAAACAUAGAUAGUUACGACGUAAUGGAACAAGGCGAGUGCUUCAAUCAUAUGUUCAACAUGGCCAAUGACGAACAAAAAGCAAUCAUUACAGAAGUUAUUGGUGCUAUUGAAAAAGGACAAGGCGAAAAAGUACUCUGUCUCACUGCGCACGCUGGCUGUGGAAAGACGUUGCUGUUUUAUUUACGUUCAAAAUGUCUUGACUGUCUACCGUGCGCAUUCAGUGGCAUAGCGGCAAGCUUGCUGGUGGGAGGCAGAACAUUACACAAUCAGUUCAAAUUGCCUAUUCCUGUCACUGAGUCAUCGUUCCCGAAAAUCGCGAAAAAAUGUUCGGAGGCAAAGCCGUACUCCUAUGCGGGGACUUUAGGCAGACGCUCCCUGUUGUACCACACGCUGGGCAAACAGCUACAACUGAGCUAUGUGUGA